CCGUUUCUAUGAGAAAGAUCUGUUUUUUCCUUUUUCUCGCUUUUCCUUUUUCUUUUUCUUUUCCUUUCUUUUUUUUUUUUUUACAUCUUAAAAAAAAUACAAUAACAACAUGAACUUGACUCCUUCAUUUUUCACCACUGCCUCUGCUCGUGUUGAUCUCAAUUACCAACUGUUAGCAUCACCCAAUUGUGAAGUGAUCAAGUAUCAAGAUUUACAAGUUCAACCAGGUACCCCUUUUAACGAUCCUAACUUGACUAUCACCAUUACCAAUACCAAGACGAAUGGUGAUGGUUAUAUAUUGAAUAUCAUUAUACAACCUAAAGUGGAUAUUGAACUCUUACACUUUGAAGCUAAAUAUUCGACUGUAUUGACCGAUUUAAAAAUGCUUGCCAAUGGAUUCCAAAGUUGGUCACAAACAAGAGAAAUGGGUGCUAAUGAUCGUAUUAGUGAUAUCAAGAAAACAGUAGCUUGGUAUACUCAAUACAAUCUUCAAGGGGACUAUGAUAUUUACCCUCAUUCUGGUGAAAAAGGACUUAUUCAUUCCAGUAGUUAUACACACUUUCGCGACAUUAGUAACAACAUUGUUUUCUUUGGUUCUUUAUCUGAAAAUGUCGGUUAUACUUAUUUCAAGGCGAAUUUUAAUUCUAAUAUUUUUGGACUCUACAAGGACGUGGAAGGAAAACGAAUCAAGGCCACCGAAUCAUGUGCUGUGAUUAAGACAUGGAUACAUCAAGGUCAUGAUGCCGAACGUAUACUUUGGGAUGGAUAUGCUUCUUAUUUUGAAGAUAGACGCGUACUUCGAAAGGAUCAAGAACAUCGUCGACAUGUCAAUGGUUGGACAUCUUGGUAUAAUUAUUAUGGCGAUGUGAGUGAAUCGAUUAUUAUGGAAAAUAUUGCAGCUCUCAAGAAACAUAAAUAUCCUAUUGAUAUUUUUCAAAUCGAUGAUGGAUUUCAAACUGCUAUUGGUGAUUGGCUCUCUAUUAACAACAAAUUUCCUAAUGGGAUGAAGACAGUGGCAACAGAAAUCAAAAAAGCAGGUUUUAUGGCAGGACUUUGGCUUGCACCUUUUGCUGUUGGAUUCACAAGUAUGAUUGUCAAGAAACAUCCUCACUGGCUCAUUCAAGAUGGAGCAGGGAAACCGGUGGUGGCAGGACCAAACUGGGGUGGAUUUUAUGCUUUGGAUAUGUAUCAAGCUGAAGCACGGGCAUACUUGAAGACAGUAUUCGAUACAGUAUUACGCGAUUGGGGUUUUGAUAUGGUCAAAUUGGAUUUUUGUUUUGCAGCCGCUAUGAUUCCUCGACAAGGCAAAUCUCGUGGUGAAAUCAUGUGGGAAGCCAUGGAACUGAUUCGUGAUCUAGUAGGUGAUGACAAGUUGAUUCUCGGGUGUGGGGUCCCUCUUGCAGCUGCUUGGCGAAAAGUAGAUUAUUGUCGUAUUGGAUCGGAUGUGGCCAAUUGGUGGGAAGAUACCAAACUCAAAUAUCUUCAUGUACGCGAACGUGUGUCCACAGCCAAUUCUUUGGUGUCCACUUUGUCUCGAUGGUCCAUGUCGGAUACUAUGUUUGGCAAUGACCCUGAUGUGAUGAUCCUACGACAUAAAAACAACAAGCUCAAGCCUGAUGAACGCUAUACAUUAUGUGUGAUCAACAAUAUCCUUGGUGCGCUCGUGUUUAGUUCAGACAAUGUGGGUGAUUAUGGACAAGAUGAACAUUUAUUGUAUUCGGCCACGUUCCCCAAGGUGGUUCCUCAAGUGGAAAGUGUGAUUGAAUUCCGGCCCUCCGUCUAUAUGAUUCGAUUCAUGGUACAAGGAGACAAUGAAAAGACGGCACCAAGACACUAUACAACCUAUAGCAAUUUAUCUGAUCAAGAUCAAACGCUUUAUCUUCCACCACCACCACCACUUGAUGACAAAAAGAAAAGGGGCCCUUUUCUAUUUUUCGCCACUGACAAUGACAUGCAUCUGACUUAUCCUGACCGUCAUGCUCCUCUCUUCUAUCAUCCUUCAUCUAGCUUUGUUCUCAAAACACACGAAACAAAGACAUUCAUGCAUAUACCCCCACCUGCCAAGGACAAGGUUGUUUUCAUGGGCUCCUCCAGUCACAUUGUUCCUGGUGCCGAAAUACAUACACUUCAAUAUUCGCCAGAACAAGGUAUCCAAGUCGCCUUCCGCCAAGAAAAUAAAAGACAACAUCAUCUGUAUUUGGGCUUUGGUGAUUACUUGCGUGAUAGUCGACAAACCAACAAACCUGCUGAUCCACUGAUCAAGGUCAAUGGCCAAUCUGUCUCCUGGGAAACCAUUCAAGUCGAAGGACGAGGUGAAGGCCGAUCUCAAAGUGAAGUACGUCUUGCUGUGGUGGAUUUGUAAUUGAUUUUUUAUUUAUUGGAUUUUGUUUUAUUUAUUUAUUUGAUGAUAAUAAAUUAUUAUUUUUUUUUUGUUCUUUG